AUGUUUCAACCAAGCCAAAUUGAACACCAGCCCAGAUCGAAAUGGCGGGCCCGUAUUCGCCUGUUCUCCAUGUCACUGCCAAAACCUGACAAAAAACUUGACAAAAAGGUCCCACUGCUUUCUAGCUCUCCUCUGUCGACACCUGCGUCUUCACCUCCUCAUUUACAAAGGAAUCUACAUCGAGAAGCCGCAAGCUUCCUCACUCCUCUAGAAGUUCAUAACGACGAUUUCUUCAUUCCACUUACUCACCAAAAAGGCGUUCUUGUGGGUGACAUUAUUCUACCUCCACCACCACCACAACCGCAAAGGAAAUUGCUGUACGGUGAAUCAUCCAAGCCAGUGGAGACAUACUCCAGUAUUUUGGGUCCCGCUCGCAAGACCCGAAACUUCUCCGAUUCUUUGAGGUUAUCAUGCUUUAUAUGCCAGGAGCACUUGGAAUCAAAACUCGAACUGGAGAAGUUGGUGUCGUUGAAGUGUGGCGACUGUGUUCAUGGAGAAUGCCUUCAAACAGUCGUGGAGUACAAUGUGUCACAGAUUCAAAAAAUUGGAGACUAUUCGACGUCAGGCGACACUCCUAGAUUGCGAAGCUUGAUAUUUCCCAAGUGUCGAGGACAUUGCUGUAUCUCGGCCCAAGUAUCCGCUCUGGUAUGUCCCAUAGACCAAGAGUUGAUCGAAUCCAUCAUGUUCGAUUCUCUUCUCGCAUUCAAACUUGUACGUGUUAGUAAUAGGACUCCUUCAAACCAGUCUCCUCAAUCUGAAGAAAUUUGCCAGUUUCCACUGCUCCUCGAGUGUAGACCCGACUCCAAAUAUUUCUUCAAGGCUGACCAAAUCCUACGACCACGGUCCCUCUUUUCAGAGGUAUAUCAACGCAAUGCACACCUCGAUAUCACCGGUGAUAGUCGUCCGGUAUCUCUUGCACCUUCUAGCAUUACUCACGCAACGAUAUCGGUAAGAAUCUCCGAACAUGAUCACAUUCCUUUGGAAAAGCUCAAGAGCACAUUCAUCAAACACAUGCUUGAUUCUAGUGACUCCAUUGACUUGUCAAUGCUUGUUGCUUUGGGUCCGCUCCGUCUUGUGGACAGACUUUUAGUAUCCAAAGAUUAUUCCGAGUACAAUGCCUCGCAAGUAUACUUGUUUGCCAAUUACUUGGUAGUCUGUCAAUGUCGUCUGCCAUUGUUACUCUCACUUAAUGACACAACAUCAAUCCAAAUUCCGGAACUCGGAGUGAUUGAAAUAGUGUUCCGCAGCCAAUUAGUCCUUACCGUGAGAUUGAACUCAGACACGGCGUCCAUAAUCGAAAAAUGGGGAAUUGCCCUCUCGGAUGCCAAUUUGAUUGUUCCUCCCGAAAUCUUUACUUCUACCUUGUCAGUGUUUGACCUUGAACCCCCGUUUGUGUAUGACUACACCUCUGGCGAUCAAGCGUCUUCCAUAGCUGGAAUCAAUACAGUAACUGGAUAUACAUUUGGCAAGCAAGUAUCUCCAAUUCAGGAAAGCUCGCUCCAACCUUCUCCGGUGGAGAGCGAGCCCACAUCGCAGUAUCUGCAAAGCAGCAGCAUUGCUGAACAUUUGGUUCGUUUGAGCGUGUCUUCAGAACUGUCAUUCCUUCCUCAGAUCUCACCUUUGAAGAUCAAAAGAAACAUUGCUUCGAUAAUGAAUUGCUCUGAUAGUGAUUCCGAUUCUGACAAUGAGUUGAUUACUGAGGUAUUGACCAAGAUUCAAAAUAACUAG